UAGCUUGUCGCUAACAUUAGCCCGUUCGUCAGUAACUUCAUGAGAUGUGACAGUUUAACCAAAAUGCUCAUUUACAAACAACCCCAGAGUGAUGAACGGCCCUGAAAUUACUUAAGCAGGGCUGCGUAGACAGAAUAGUGUACCAAAUUCCCUUUAAAACUAUUUACUAUACCCUUGCUAAUCCACAAAUAUUAGCUGCACCGGACGUACAUGCUUCAUUUGAUUCGUUUAGCUGCGUUUCAUGUUUGCAUAUUGAACUACAGCAACCAUAAGUUUAUCAGCCAUACAACUCAAGCUACUCUUACAAGUAGUCUACUAAAGAAUGGAAAUUAAGUAAAUGAAAAUGCAGAAGAAUAGUAGGCAAGACGACUAAUAACCAUGAACAAAACAAACGUACAGAAACCCUAUCAGUUUAUUGAAUACAUUCUCUUAUUGUUCCUCUGCAUGCUUUAGAGAUUGGCACAAAAGUAUUAUCAUUGUAUGUGAUCUUUUUCUGUGAAUUAAGUGGUACUUACCACCAAAGCAUUUAUAUUGCUGUAUUUUUGAAUGACGUUUGGUGUGAAUGUUCACAGGUAAGCUGUCAUGCAACUUUACUAUGGAAGAAGGGGUUUGUAACAGGGCUGAACCAUUAAUCAGUCUCAAAUUAUUUUGCAAUUUAAAAACACAGCUUUUACCAAAUUGCAAAUGAUGUAAUUUUAGAUAUAUGUUACACAGCUUGUCGAGUGCAGGGUUUAAACUAGUGUGCCAGUGAUUUGUGGUCAUGCAGUCCUUCCUGUGUAACAGCCACUCUUGUGAUGCUAUCUCAUGGUAACGCUCCAUCACAUGUUUUAAAUCUGUUACAUAGUGAAUUUUGAACUCAAACGUAACUGUUAAAACUUAUAUUCCAAAUGAAGAUGUAAUAUAUAUCUGAAAAAUUAACAAAGCAAUCGAUUUCAGUGAGUGAACUUUGCUGUGACUGUUCACUGAUAAGCUCAUGAAAUGAUGAAAUGCCUUGAAAGUAGUUGUAAUACAGCUUUAUUUUUGGAAGAAAUAUAAAUGUGGGAGAACACAGAGCAGAUGAUGAUUAAGCAUAACAAGUCAUCUAUUUUCUCCUUAUGUUUUGCACAUACUGUUAAUGAAUAAGGUUGACAUAUAUCCUUUGAGUGUUUGUCCUGUUUAAUUUUAAAGCACAUUCAAGUGUGCAUAAAAAUAUAUGAAUUUUCAAAUAUUUCAGAUUUUUUAUUCAUUUAUAAUAUAUUAUUCAUUAUAUUAAAAUAGCCAAUUUAGCUUUCAAAGCCUUGGUGGAAGACACACCAAGUGCUUUUUAGUUGUGAUACUCAACCUUGGACAUCCUAUGUCCAGCUCACAGUCUCUGCCAUGAUAAUACAUAGAUAUGCAGCUGAGACAGGUGUUGCACAUUGGGUUUUGUUUACCUUGUUAGAUUUGGUAGCAGAGUUCUGGCUGAACUCCGGAAGCUGUUCACCAUGUACAAAUAGUUAGCACUCUGUCAAACUUUUCACCAUCCAUUACUUAGUCCAUCAUGCAGUCAGUCAUCACCCCUGCAGAUGACUGACGGCUGAGUCAGUGGGGGAUGUGCUGUUUGACAAAGUGUAUCAUCUUGUUGUUUCUUGUGUUCUUUAUCCCGUGUUGCAUGAUGUCUUAUUGGGAUUACAGCACAAUAAACAUUUUCUUGUUGUCAUAUUUUUGCUGUAGUGACAGCAAAAUCCCCACGUAUCCGAGUUCCAUCACACCCAAAAUGUGUGGUGAUGUAUGAUGACACUCGAGCUGUCAACCCUCUUGUGUCCCUUUGUCCUCUAGUGCCUAGGUAAAUGACCUCAUGGAGGAAAUGGGUGAUAAUGCAAACAGAUAAAACUCCUGGUACCUGUUGACCACAGUCAGAACCUCCUAAAUCAGGACCCUCUGACACAGUGCUCCAUCAGUUCCUGCCUCAAUGACACCCACAAGGCAUUGAGCCCUUAUCUGCAAUGGCCCCUGCUUAGCAUUCACGCCAUUCACGCGAACAAUGCUACCUCUUCCCGCUCAUUGGAUCUGUGACUGACAGUGGGUGUUGGUGCACUUGUGUCUGACUUCAGCCUCUAUCUGACGCUAGGCUGUUUGUCCAGUCCAGAUACCCCCACCAAGACACAAUAAAGGGUGUGUGUCUUCCUUGCCACUUCCCAUUCUGUUUUUCUAACUGGACUUUCAUAAUGGACCUUGCUCUUUAUUUGGCACAUUGGCUUCCUUCUCAGAAGGACCAGUAUUAGUCGGGGGAGGGUCAGGGCAGAAGUGCUGACUAAUGGUCGUGGAAGCAGCCCACCACCCACUGACCAGCCAGCAAGGUGGAAAUGCCAUCGUGGUUAGACGUUGAAAAGCAGGGAAACGGCAGAUAAGACUGUUGCCUUUGAUAAACAGCAGAAUGAGUAAUAGCUGAGGUAUGAUGUAGCAGCAUUGGACGGAUUUAGGAUCUUUGUUGUUUUUAAAAAAAUGUUGGCAAAGAUGUUCCAGAAAAAAAAUUGUAUUGGUAUGGUAGGUUAUAAAGUUGACUUUUCUUUGGAAUCUAUAUCUAGAAUAGCGCUUUUGAGUGAUAUGUAGUCUACUUUGGGUUUUCAUCAUGCAGCUCAGGUCUCAUAUUUGAUGAGGCUGAUAUCAGAGCACAGGAUCUUGGGAUCCCAUGCCUCCAUAAUGGCUCCUGUGAAGCUGGAGCAUUAUAAAGCUUCUGUAAUAAACCUCUGUGAUCAGUAUGUCCCUCCCUCCCUGCUCUUAUUUGUGAAUGGCAGAAUUUGACAAGGGGCAGUUCAGGUGGGUAGCUGCUGAUCACAUGAUACACAUGCACUAAACGAGGAAUGUGGACAGAACUCCCCCCUCACCUCCACUCAGAAAAAACUUUGAUGCCCCAUAUCAUAACCUUCACGUCCCCUCCCUCUUCAAGCCCUCAUAUGUGCAGUGAUGCCGACGAGGGGAAUGGGUGCUGCGGUCGAGGGGGCGUCGGGGGGCACAGAUAGUGGCCGUGUUUGAUCUGAAGGUCGCCAGCCCCUCGCUGGUGUUGAGAGAUCCUUGGCGGACGAGGCUGGCUCUUAUUUAAUAACAUGAAGGGGAAGCGGACCUUUCUCUCAUAAUUAGGCCUAAUUACCCUGUAGGUGUGGACAGACGGCCCAAGAAGAGACAAACUGCCUUUAUCCACGGACUUAGAGUCAGAUUACCCGGAGCUGUCUUAUCUGUUACAGGGCCUCGAUCCUCCUCUCUUGCCUCUUCCCACUGGCUCCCAUAUUCAGCUCAGGUAUAUUAAUCAGUCAGCCUGAUUUAUUGUACCUCGUCCGCGACAUGAAAGUUUAAUUAGACUUAACUAGUCAAGCUCUGUAAAUCAGAGAUUUUUUUCAUGUGGACAAGUUUAAUAAGAAGACCGAGUUGCACAGAGAAAUUUACUGACCUAUUGGGUCGUUUACUAUCUAUUGUCCAAUCACUUCAUGAAGGCUUCUUAAUAAAACUAAUGCAGAAAAUUAAGGAGAGAACAAGGUCCUUGAGGACGUUUGACUAGAAAAUUACAUCUGCAGCGUCUCCUACUACAAUUGAACUACUAAAGUACAUUUGCAUUUACUUUUGAUAUAUUUUGAUCUGAAAAAUACCAGUUUGACAAAUUGAUGUGCCUGAUCGUUUGCUCUGCUGCCUCUCCUUGUGGCCAAGGAAAAAUUUAAGGGUACUUGCAAAUAGAUCUGAGUGACAUUCUGCCACCGUCUUGUUUGUUUGCAGUAUCUUUCUCUCCCUUCCUGAGCUGCAUGUAUGUUUGUGUUUGGGUUUGUGGGUGACUCACUUGCAGCCACAACAACCGACCCAUUGUUGGGGGCAGUUCAGUGACUGGAAAUGCUGACGCCUGGAAAACAACGCUUGGCAGAGGGAAGUGGCCAUUAUUUACUGACUUUUUAGACAUAAGUUUAGUGUUGCAGUUCUAGAGCCGCAUACAGUAGCAUCUCCAUCACUGUUGCCUUGACUGACAGCGAGCUCUGACUGCCAGUGGAAACUUUUACAGCCGCUGGUCUUUAGACAAUGAAAACAACCAGUUUCAGGCUGCUAUAUCCAUGACUCAGAGCUCAGUGCAGGCCUGCUGCAAGAGGACAAUAAAGGACGCUUAAUCCACCUGUUAUCAGGGUGAGCCUCCCCCUGUCACACUCACACAGGCACAGGACUCGGGCUCAGGAAUGCAGCCUUAUCCACCCAUUCACAGGAGUAGCUUAACUGAUAGACCCUCACAAAACCACUGUUGACUUUUUUUUUUUUGCCAUUUUCAUCAUACCACACAAAAGCAAGUUUGUACAGUUGUUGGCUGAGGGUUUUCCUGUUGGUUCAGUUUAGGUCUGGUACAUAAUGGUCAAUUUCUUAAUCAAUAAUAUGCCUGGAAUCAAUCCAAAUAUAUGAUAUUUGUAGUAGUUUUUUGAAAUUUUACAUAUUUGUGAGGGUGUUGAUGCUAUAUUUUAAAUUGCAUGGGCAAAGUUUGCAUUACUGUAAUAGUAAGUUGAUAGUAAAGCUGAUGGACUGACUGUGUCCUUGGGAGACCGUCAGACUGCAGUGUUUUGUGCUUAAUUAGGCAGGCUGGUCAGAGGUCUCUGUCUCCCCGCUUCACAGAUUCACAUGGACAAUUUAACCACUAACCUCCUGAAACGAGUGGCUCCUGAAUGCCUUGGGCUCCAGUUUCAGUGUCUGCUGAUUGCGGAGAGCAAGGGUUAUGAUAAGUAAAAGUAGAGAAGGGGGGUGAAUGUGAGUAGGGGUGGCCGGAGUGAGGUUCUGCUUAUUAACCACCGAGUAUACUUCAAGUUUGAGAUACCUGUGAAGACCUACGGAUCCUAUGAAUACUUUCAGUCAAUCUAAAAAUACAUGAAAACACUGUUUAAUGGAUCAGCUGCUACCAUUUACAACAACACCAGUUUUCCCAGGUUCACUUACACACAGUUUUUCCAGACUCAAAGCAUCUUGGAGAACUUGCUACAGCUACUCUAGAUUGAGGCUAUCUCAGCUGGCCAGAGGCUGGAGAUAGUUCUUGAUGACUCUGGCUAAAUGUUCGGGCCCGUUGUCUUCCUGCAGAAUUAAUUUAGGACUGAUCAGACACCUCCCUGAUGGUAUUGCUGGGUGGAUGAAAAUCUAAACACCUUGAGUGCUUAAAACUUUAGGUUUGUGCUCCAUUUAUCCGUACUGCACUUUUAUCUUUUACAAUUUCUUGUGCAGUUGCCAUAUAAAUACGUUCUGUUGUACACAUACUAACAUGCACUAUGUGUAUUUUAGUCCAGAGCAUGUGGGAUGCAUCAUCUUUAAUUUAAAAACUGUUUGGUGUUUUUGCUAUGAAAAGUGUGUGAUUGAAAUGCACUGUUUGCAUAAACUGGUUCAAACCACCUGUGGUGUUAAACAUGAAAUUUUACAGAUUGAUAGAAUUAUAUUAACUGAGCAGCUUACUCUCAAAGAGACACUCACAUGCGAUUGUACAGCAUUUAAUGUUAAGGCAUCAUUUCCUUGUAGCAUACCUGUGGUCGGUUUGGUUUCCUCACCUGCCCAGCCUACAAACGAGAUAAAAGCCUGAGCUUUUACCUCUGCCUCUGGGACAACGGCUGUUGAUCACAAGAGGAGUGACUGUGAUGAUGCUGGUUUACAGCCUUCUUGAAGCCAAACAUUGAUUGCAUGACCAAGGAUGUCUCAUCCUCCUCCGCUCCCCAUUUAUACCCUUAGGGGGGCUGGUGGCCCCCUUAACACCCUCCACUUUAGCUGCCAUGAAGAGGGUACCCCCCUACUCUUCUCUGGGUCAGGGAAGGGUGCAAUCCAUAUCUGGAACCUAAACAGCCGGAGGGCUGAGAAGAUAGUAGAAGGUCAUUCUGGCAGCUCAGUCAUCUGGGUCAGCACACUGCAGUCAACAGAUACCCUCAUUAGUCAGGGACGGGACCUGCAGGUCUGUCUGUGGAAUCUGAGUGAAGGUCGCAGUGAGCUGCUGGAGUCUUUGUGGACUGGCAGUGUUGGAUUCUGUCAGUGCUCCAUGCUGGAGAUAAGCCCUUCGAAAUACCUGCUGGCCUUUGCUGGGCAACAGACAGAAGAGAUCAAGAUCAUUGAGCUGCCCAGUAAGAUCCCAGUCUGUUCCCUGGUACCAGAAGGAAAACUGGGAAUGGUGAUGUGUAUACAAUUAUGGCAGCCAGACUCAGGUCCCGGACCUCUCCUGUUGGCUGGAUAUGAGGAUGGGUCCCUGUUGCUGUGGGACGUAACCCAGAGGUCCACGCUGAGCCAGGUCAAAGCCCACCCUGAGCCUGUCAUGUGCCUGACCUUCGACACGAAGCGUCUGAGGGGCAUAUCAGGCUCCUCUGAGAAGAAACUCUCCUCCUGGAUGUUGGACAGCCAGAACAACCUGCAGUUGCAGGAUGGUGUGAUGCUGGUCAACCCUGGAGUUUCCCAGAUGUGUAUCAGAGAGGAUGGUAAACUUCUGGCAUCAGCGGGCUGGGACCACCGGGUACGGAUAUUCAGCUGGAAGAAGCUGCGACCGCUGGCAGUACUUCAAUACCACACUGACAUGGUGCUUAGUGUGGCCUUCUCUGACCAUCAGGACCCCAGACAAAGACUGCUUGCUGCUGGAUCCAAGGACCAGAGGAUCAGCCUCUGGUCAAUAUACAAUGAGGGAGCUGACACCGGCUGAGUCUUUUAGCUCUUGGAGGACAUAAAAGACUUUUGAUGAAUACUCUGUCUUAGCUCCGGUUUGUAAUUCUUAUUUACAAUAAUGGCAGUCAAUUUACAGAGCCCAAAAAUUUAAGCUGCAGUAGGCAUAAAUCUGAAAGAAAAACACCACAAUUUGAAUUAACAGGCCAUGUGCAGCUCUUCCCUCUAUCCUAAGCCCUUCUUACCAAAUGAGCAGGAGCAAAUACAUAGGCUUUAAAUGUGCAAAAAUAGACUAGAAAUCAACAUUCACUGCUUAGUGAAAAUCUUCUGUUUAACCCACUGUGUCACCACAUCCUGCUCUCACAAUCAGCUUUGUUGCUUUUUAUACUGAAUCACCUGAUCUGGGUGAAAGGCUCUGUGAUUGGCUGAAGUCUGAUGUCACAGGUAAGAUUUUUUUAAAGCCUGAAAACUGAGCCAAGAAUAGGUGCAGAAGUCUGGUUUCCUUUUACAAUUAGUGGAAAAAUUAUGAGGUAGUCUUUUCCCAGUAAUGCAAAUAAAGUGCCUACCCCAGAAUUAAUAGUUCAGAAGAAUUUUGAAUUUACAUCUAGAAUUAGUAAGGACUCUUAAAAAAAAAAAAAAAAAAAAAAAAAAAAAGCUACAGCAAGUUGGAAUAUCCCAGAAAGUGCACAAUCAAAAAUAAAGUCCCUGUUAAUUUUUUACAACAUGGCCUGACAUUAAACAUUUUAUGUGAAGUUGUUAUAUCAGUAUAUAUUGACACGUAUUCUCUCAACUUUAUAUUUUCAUUAAAAAAUGCAGUAAGAUAGACAUUGAUCAUGUGUAUUAUGUUUACAUUUAUUUUAUUUGUCUGUUAGAGAAAUUAGUAGGGACUAAGCUGUGAAUAUGUAGAUGUCCAGAAAGUAUACUGAACUACAACAUUUCCAGAUGAAGACCUUAGUUUCUCGCACCAUAUUUGAGUACUUUUAUUUCUACAUUACAGUGUGACUUUUCAGAGCUGUACGGCCAGUAUUUCCUUUGCUCUGAGGCCAACUUCCAUUACUGAUGUCUUUCAAAUCAUUAAUAGGGCGCUUGCUGACUUUUCCAGGCCACUGUUUGCUGAAGCCUGCUGUGAUGCUCUGUGCAGCUAUGUGAUUGUGUUGACUUAUCUGAUGGGAGAUUUGCUUCAGUGGACUUGAAUUUGAGGCAUACGGCGCACCUGAGCAGCUAUGUAAUCCCGUGUUGUUAUUCUAGCAGGUUUUGGCUUAACACACAGGCCCUCCAGCCUGACCUGAGUUGUAUUUGUCAAACAAGGUUAAUCACAGCAGGGACAUAGAGAGCAGGGAGGUGUUGGUUUAGUGGAUGUGCUAUUCAGCUAUUGCUCUCCCUGGUCAGCAUGAUCUGAGCUGAUUUACCUUUCUGAGUAAGUGUACCAUCUCUCCAAAUCAAAAACACAAAAACUAAAACGUACACUGACCAUCAUUCUGAGUGUUCAAAAAGUAAAAUAAAAUGAUCUAAUUUACUUUCUGAUAAAAUAGUCAACAGUGGGUGGUGUUCUGAAAAUCCCAAAGAAAAUAGAGAGGUGCUGUUUUUUUUUUGUUCACCGUCUCUAAUAAUAUCUGUGUGUGUCAAUGAGCAGCAUGGGACCUCAUGUGUUACAGCGUUGAGCUGAGAGGCCCGGGGUUGGGGGCCAGAGCUUCAAACAUUAAAUGUUCUGCUUCAUAACGGCUUUGUCUCCAGGGAUGAUCCCACUUUGAGUAGCUCAUCAUGCUGUACAGGAAAGGCCUGAGAAAUCAAAGAGCCGGACUAACAUAAUGGCUACGAAUCAUUAGUGAACAGAGGAAAGACAAGGUCAUUUGCUAGACAAGCUGCUUUUCUGUGACGCUACUGUCAUGGAAAAUAAUGUGUAACUGCAGGUUUUGCGGGGGGGUUUGUGUGUUUUUUUUAACUUGUCUUCAAAGUUGUGUUUUGGCUGAAUUCUGUGUGUUCUCAGGACUUAUUGAAAAGUUCUUGAUAUUCUUUUAAAAAUACAUGUUUUUUUGGCCCAUUUUUAUUGUAUGAUGGCUAGUUUCAGUGACUUGUUUUCCUUGUUCCCUGCAGAUCUCCAUCUAUCCCUUUUGUCCCUGACCCCUACGGUGACAUCUUGCAUUCAUAAUGGCUUCCUAACUCUCCUGUUGGCUUUGAACAAACACUAGAGGUGAUGUGGGCCAGCUUCCGUCCAUUCUCUGAUAAAUCAAAUGCUAAGUCCAUUGGUGCAGAUGUCUGCUGAAGGGAACAGACAGCAACCCAGCGGCCUCAGAAGUGCCUGGUGAGGUGGCGGCACACCUCGUAAAUCACUUCAUAAUGGAUCAUUUAGGAAGUCAAUAAAUGGACAGGGAGACUGUCUGCACAAUAGGCCUUGUGCUUCACUUAUCACCUAACGUGUGUCUUCUUUGGCCUUAAAGGUCAGAGGUCAAACUGGCUUUAGGAUGGGACAUAAUCCGGUAGGUUGCACGCUGUGCAAGUGUGUGUAGUCGAUGCUGUUGCUCCCUAAGCCUUCAGUUGUAUUCACGGCUCAUAUUACUAGCAAAGAUGUCACACUGCUCUGGGCCUGACCGUUUAGAAAACCUAAAUGGUGAAAAAGAAUGCCUAUAAGAAAAUAAUCCUUUCUGUACAAGCCAAGACCAAUGUUUCACCUCACGGUUAAGAUGGUUUUAUUUAUUUUUUCAUAUGUGAAUUAAUACGAAUGUAUCAAGGCUCAUGCACAGGGGUGGUGAUGUGUUUUGAUGUUCCACAGAAAAUGUCCGUCAGCAACUUAAUGCACAGCACGUUUUGUACCGGUCGAGAGGCCAGUGAGGAGAACAUGUGAAACACGUGUUCUGUUGUUUAGGUGGAGGGCUGAGGUUGGUUUACCUGACUUGUUUUUAAUAACUGUCCCCAGAUACUUGAGGAACGCCGGCAGUAGAAAUACAGACCAAGGUGAAGCGAACGCAUCAUGGCCCUCAUAGGCCUGUCACGACAGAUGUUCCAGAUGCAGGCGAGUGUCAAAUGAUGUUUCAGGUCGCAUUAUCAUCCAUCCUCUACCUCUUCAUACUUCAGUGGCAAGUCCUUGGCACAUUGUUUUCUGCUGGAGAAAUUUAGGCGCAGAAACGGUUUUGCAGCGUGACUGGACCUCAGCAGGUUAGUCUUUGUGUGAAAUCAAUGAAACACAAAAAUACGGCCCAGGCCUGUUGAAAGCAUGGCAGUGCCUGUUUAGGUUCACGUGUAGAAAUGUAAUAUCUGUUGUGUACAUAAUAGAUUUUUCCAAUAGAGGGACCAUACUAAUUAGAUUUAGUUGAAAUUGACGUGCAAUUCAUUACAAUCUCUCCAGUAGGCGCAAUUUCCCCAGUUUUCCACAGCUUGAGGGCUUCAGUGUCAAGUCUACUGAGAAUUAUGCUUAUUAUACCAGAGACAAUUUAUUGAGAUUGUUUCUAUGUGCAGCAUUUUAUGAACAUUUCCAUUACUGAAUGUGGCUUGGCAAAUAUAAGUAUUUCACGUUAGAAGAAAAUAUUAUACUUUUAGUCAUCUGCUGUAUUUAUGUAGUCUUGUACUUAAUGUAUUUGCUUUUACACUCUAUUUUGUCACAAUCCAGAACAAAAAUUGUAUUUUACUUGA